AUGUCUUCCGCUCCCGCUAAGCACGAGUUCCUCUGCAUCUUGCCGGACUUCCCCGGCGCCCAGGCAAAGCGCCUGGAGGUCCGCCCUGCCCACCUGGAGGGUGUGAAGCCUUUGGUUGCUGCCGGUUCCAUUGUCAGCGGUGGUGCCAUGUUUGAAUCUCACCCUGCCGAGGGCGAGGUUCCCUCUUUCAAGGGCAGCAUGAUGCUCGCCGUGGCCGAGAACGAGGCUGCCGUGCGCGCUAUUCUGGAGAAUGAUAUCUACUCUCGCUCCGGCGUUUGGGACUUGGAGAAGGCCCAGAUCAUUCCCUUCAAGUCUGCUGUGCGCCAGCAGCUGUAA